CAUAAGUCCCGGCGAUUUGAGGAAGACACCGACCCCCGGUGACCGGUUAUCGGAGGAAAAGAGGGAGGGGAGGAAAAAAAAAAUGCCGCAGUGCGACACCGGAUCGUUGGUGCGGGACGGGAUGCGGGGGCAGGUCAGCGCCGCGGCGGCCGCCGGGGCCCUCCCGAAGCGGGUGAAGGUGGUGGAGGUGGGACCGCGCGACGGGCUCCAGAACGAGAAGAAUAUUGUGCCGACCUCGGUGAAAAUCAAUCUGAUCAACAUGUUGUCAGAGACGGGGCUGCAGGUCAUAGAGGCCACCAGCUUUGUUUCCCCCAAGUGGGUUCCUCAGAUGGCUGACCACACUGAAGUCCUGCAGGGCAUUACCAAGUUGCCUGGGAUCAGUUACCCUGUGCUCACCCCCAACCUGAAGGGAUUUCAGGCAGCGGUGGCAGCAGGGGCCAAGGAAGUGUCCAUCUUUGGGGCAGCAUCUGAGCUCUUCACCAAGAAGAACAUCAACUGCUCCAUCGAGGAGAGUCUGGAGAGGUUUGGGGAGGUGAUGGCAGCAGCGAGAGCCGCCAGCGUCCCCGUCCGGGGGUAUGUGUCCUGUGUCCUUGGGUGCCCCUACGAAGGGAAGAUUUAUCCUGCUAAAGUUGCAGAGGUCUCCAAGAAGAUGUACUCGAUGGGAUGCUAUGAGAUCUCCCUGGGUGACACCAUCGGCGUGGGCACCCCGGGCAGCAUGAGGGAGAUGCUGGCAGCUGUCAUGAAGGAGGUGCCCGUGGGGGCUCUUGCUGUUCACUGCCACGACACCUACGGGCAGGCUCUUGCCAACAUCUUGGUAGCACUUCAGAUGGGUGUGAACGUGGUGGACGCCUCGGUGGCCGGGCUGGGGGGCUGCCCCUACGCCCAGGGAGCUUCAGGGAACGUGGCCACAGAGGACCUGGUGUACAUGCUGAACGGGCUGGGCAUCCACACGGGGGUGGAUCUGCAGAAGCUGAUGGACACGGGCACCUUUAUCUGCAAUGCUCUCAACAGAAGAACCAAUUCCAAAGUGUCCCAGGCAUCCUGCAGACUGUGACACCUCGAGCUGCUCCUUGGGUCAAAGCAAGGGUCCAGCCUUGGCCAGGUUUCCCCUGUUCUGCUGCCUCUGCUUCCCAGUGCUCCUUCCAGGCUCAGCACAAUCACCCCGAAUCUACAAAGAAAUGAAAAAAAAAACCCACAACCCAGCCCCACGUUUGAUCCUGAAUUCCUGAACCACCUGCCUUAGGGAAGGGAGGACGUGGAUGGGCUGAGGGGGGAGCAGGAGCCUUUUCCACAGCACAGAGGGAGCUGAGGCCUCUGGCACCAUCUCAGAACAACGUCUGGUCACUUCUACCUCAAGGGGGUGAUGCCAUGAACCGCCAGCAAAGGAUAAACCACCAGCAAAGGAUAAACCACAGCUUUUCCUGCGGGAGCAGCUCCAGGUCAGGCUCGACCCUCCUUCCCCGCUCUGCUCACCACAGGUGCCAGCAGCAGGGGCAGCCUUGGACCUGCUUUCUUAGCAUUUAGGGGUUGUCAUGAAGGACUGUAUCUGUUGUAAGAUACUUCUAAACACUGGGAGAAAUAAACACCUUAUUUAAUCUUCUAAA